CUUACCACGGCCUGCACUGACAGUUCUGCUGGAAUUGCCUUUAUAAACAGUCUAUCACACUACCGGACUGAGCCGAUAACUACCCUAAUUGAAAGCAUUUCCAUCACUGAUCAGUCAGGCACAGGCUUCGCACAACUCUUCAGGAUAGUAAUUCAACCCGAUCAUCAAGUGGAAAGAAUGUUGGUAGUCCUGGCACUGCUGGUGUGUUGGGGAGCUCCUGGAGGAGGUAUGAGAGGGCCUCACCAUCCUAGAGGACACCAUCAUCAUCAUCAUCAUCAACCCCAGGCUCAAACAAAGCUGACUCAAGACUCUGAACUCAUCAGGGAUAUUGAGCACAUCAAGGAAGACUUAGGUGACUGGGGCAUGUCAAAAGAAGCACUGCACAAACUAACUCCUGAAGAAUUGGACUUUCACUAUUUCAAACUCCAUGACUUUGACAACAACACUAAACUUGAUGGACUGGAGAUUCUCCAAGCUAUCCACCACACAAUACACAAGGAGGUAGAGGAAGAGGAAGGGAAGGAAGGAGAGGAGGGGAGUGGAGGACAUGCCUCAGAAGGCAAACCUCCCACUGAAGAUGAGCUUCCAUACUUUAUUGAACUGAUAGACCAAGUAUUAGCAGAAGAUGACCAAGAUAAAGACGGCUAUUUGAGUUACAUGGAGUAUGUGAUAGGCAGACAACGGGAGCAAACCAAGCAAGACUCUGUGAAACGAAGCCUGCAUUCACAUGGGUAGUGUUUGGCUACAUCCACAUUGGAUAUCAUUUGAGGAAACUGAAGUCAAUCGUUGACUUUAAAUAUAUUUGGGAUAAAUCUCAAAGGGAUGAAAAAUUCUUGUUUCAGCUUGUUGCUAAUAAAAUUGACAAACAGCAGUAUUAACAUCAUAGAAUUUAUGUUUUGCAACUGAUUACUAACA